CCAUGAUGCACUACGUGUCGCUGACGAGUUCCACGCGCUAGGCUCGCUUCUCUGUGCCUGUCCUGGUCAGGACUGUCACCGUAUUUACACUAUUUAUUAAGCACUAAUUACCAGAGACUCUUUACAGUCACUUAUCUCCCGGUUAACGCGCGCGGCGGCUGUAACUCGGAGACACGCGAGAUGUUGUCUGCCUUGCCGAAGCGUUUGCUCAUGCGCAGGUCGCGCAGUCUGUCACCCUGUCGCGCUCUCUACACGGAUCCCGGUGAAUCCUCCGUGCGCCGUCACAAUGUGUACGACCUUGAAGCUUCUGUGAGGAGGAAUCCGGUGAUUUUCGCGUCCAGCAAAUGUACGUUAGGGGGGGAGCGCGAGGAAGCAUGUAGCAACAACGGUAACCUUCACGCGCAGUACCAGCAGGUGGCCAGCAGGUGGCGCACGAGCCUGGAAAGUCGGAGAAGCUCUUGGGCGGCGCUGGUCACCGCGGGACACACCGGGUCUUACCGGGAGGAGAGGGGGGGGCAGAACACCGGGUCCGGGGGGUGGAGAGGAGCAGCUUCAGUAGGAGUGCUGUCCACCGCCGCCCUGGCCUUCUGCUUCAACAGAGACAACAACAACACCGGUGAAGUUCUUCUGAAUGCAGCGAGAUCCAACAAUGCAGAUGAGGUGAAAAGGUUGCUAGCAGAUGGAGUUGAUCCAAAUACUCGUCAUCGUCUCGGCUGGACUGCUCUCAUGGUUGCGUCCAUGAACAGACAGCACAAUGUGGUGAAAGUUCUGUUGGAGUCCGGCGCUGAUCCGAACCUCGGAGACAACUUCAGCAAUGUUUAUGGAACGGCACGGGAUAAAGGCAUACACUCACUGGAGGUGUUGGUAACGAGGGAGGAUGACUUCAGUAAUCGUCUCAGCACUCGGGCCAGUUUCCGCGGUUGCACACCGCUUCAUUACGCUGUACUCGCUGAUGACCUCUGCACUGUGUGCAUGCUCCUUGAUGCAGGUGCGAACCCCCUGCAGGUGAAUGAGCUGGGACACACUCCACUGUCUUACGCUAAAGAGGGCGAGAUGCACACACUGCUGAAAGAGCGGGAGGGAAAGUUUAUGGAACAACAGAAGCAGAGAGAGGCAGAGGAGAGGAGGAGGUUUCCUCUAGAGUGGAGACUUAAGGAGCAUAUCAUCGGCCAGGAGGGGGCCAUCGCUACUGUCGCCUCAGCGAUCAGGAGGAAGGAGAACGGCUGGUAUGAUGAAGAACAUCCACUGGUCUUCCUCUUUCUCGGAUCUUCGGGAAUUGGUAAAACAGAGUUGGCAAAGCAGGUGGCUCGUUACAUGCACAAAGACAUCAAAAAGGGUUUCAUUAGAAUGGACAUGUCCGAGUUCCAGGAGAAACACGAGGUGGCUAAAUUUAUCGGUUCUCCGCCGGGGUAUGUGGGUCAUGAGGAAGGAGGUCAGCUCACUAAACAGUUGAGGCAGUGUCCGAACGCUGUGGUGCUCUUCGAUGAGGUGGAUAAAGCACAUCCUGACGUCCUCACCAUCAUGCUGCAGCUUUUCGAUGAGGGACGUCUGACGGACGGAAAAGGGAAAACCAUUGAAUGCAAAGAUGCCAUCUUCAUAAUGACCUCCAAUGUGGCAAGUGAUGAAAUUGCCCAGCAUGCGAUGCAACUCAGACGGGAAGCUCAGGAGCAGAGUCGCCGCCGUCUGGCAGACAGUCUGGAUGAAGUUCAGCAGAGUGAGAAGAUUACAAUCUCUAAGAAGUUUAAAGAGGAAGUGAUCCGUCCAAUACUGAAGGCCCAGUUCAGGCGUGACGAAUUUCUGGGACGAAUUAACGAAAUUGUUUACUUUUUGCCUUUCUGCCACUCGGAGCUCAUUCAGCUCGUCAGCAAAGAGCUCAACUACUGGGCUAAAAAGGCCAAACAGAGGCACGACAUCACCCUGCUGUGGGAGCGAGGCGUGCUGGAGCUGCUGACUCGAGGAUACAACCUCCACUAUGGUGCUCGCUCCAUCAAACAUGAGGUGGAGCGUCGGGUGGUGAACCAAUUAGCAGCAGCAUAUGAGCAGGAGCUCCUCCCUAAAGGCUGCACGCUCCGCCUCACCGUGGACGGAGAACUGGGAGACAAGGAGGAAGAGGAACAAGGUAGCCCCUCUCUCCGCCUGGAGAUAGUGGAUAAAGACAGCAAAACACGAAAGCUGGAAAUCCGUCAACCACAAAACCCAGAGCAGGUGGCAUACAGGCGCUAACUUGUUCCUAAACACCUGUGAACCUCCCGUAAAAACCCUCACUAACUUCCUGUUAAACACCCACUAACCUCCUGCUGAUCUCCUGACUGAUUCAUCUGUAACUUUGUUAUUCCUGAUGAAGAGACUUGUUGUCCUGGAAGCACCAACAUGCUGGACACUGCUUCUGAAAGGUCAAGGUUCUGUUCAGAAGAUGAAAAGACUGUUCUGGUCAUUGUUUUUCAGAAACAAGGAAAUUCUGCACAGCAGAGAUUCAUACUUUGUGCUGUUGAUCAGAAGGUUGUGAGAUUUAAACCUUCAUCAUCUGUAUGUCACUGUGGAGAUGCCAGAAAUAAAUAAAUAAA